AUGGAGCAACAACCAAAAACCCAGCCAACCCAACCAAUGGCCAUCCCUCAAACUUCGGAGAAACCGACGGAAAAGCCCACGUCGACCUGCUCGCUGCUGGCCGACCCAGAGACACGGAAACGCAUUGAAGAGGUGUUUCUCUCACACGCCCAGCUGACGCCACCCGACGAGUUUGGCGUUCGCUACGUCUACGUCGGGGCCCAUGAU